CAUCCCCAAAUAAUGUCAGACAGCAUCCCUUUUGAAGUGCAGACGGAAAUCAUUCUAAGAAUCCCAGAUACAAAAUCAUUGAUUCGGUACCGAUCAGUCUCAAAAGCAUGGAAAUCUGUUAUCGACAGCAAGGAGUUUGUUACUGCUCAUACCCUCCGCCAUCAUCAGGCGCACAAUCGUUAUCAUCUUCUUAUAAAGACACUGGAUUGCGAAGGUUGUGAAGAUUGCACAGGCGAUAAUCCUAUUUCGAAACAUUGCGAUUAUUGCAAUUAUACACCGGUGAAAUAUAUGUCUAUUGUCGAUGAUGACGAAACUUUCCCCCAUCAAAAGGUUAGUGUCUUCGCUCCCGAUUCAGUCCACAAAUUUAGUCGUGAUUUAGAAAUAAUCGGUACUUCUCAUGGCUUGUUUUUCUUGUAUGAAUAUGGAAUGGAUACCGCUCUUAUCUGGAAUCCUUGUAUUAGAAAAACCGUUGCCAUUCUGGUACCUGACAAAAGCGAACGGUACUAUAGGACUACUAUUGGUUUUGGUGUUUGUCCUCAGAAUCUUGACCCUAAGCUUGUCAAGAUUACAUAUGCUUAUGAUUUGAGAAAAUUACAAGAUUUUAAUGCUAGCACCCAGGCUGAGGUAUUUACGCUAAGUUCGGGAGGGACGUGGAGAAGUCCAUUAAGUAGCAACCUUCCUCAUAAAUCUAUUCAAUUUAGACAUUCUCAGGCAGUUGUAGGCCGGUUUAUUUAUUGGGAUGCAGUUGAUAGGAUUCAUUUGGAUGAUAAUGAUAGAUUUAGGAAUCCCAAAUUGAUCAUGUCAUUUGACUUGACUUGUGAAGAAUUCACUAAAGUAAACCUCCCUGAUAGUUUAGCACUCCACCAUACUGCUCAUUUGUCGCUAUGUAACCUAAAGGAGUCUCUUGCUGUUCUCGAUUAUAAGAUGAAUAGUCGGUACGAUCAAGAAAAUUGUCAUGUAUGGAUGCUGAGUGGUCAUGGCUGUACUAGAUCCUUUGACAAGGUGUACUCCAUUAAUGCACCCGGAACAUCAAUACAUACAACACUGGGAUUCCGAAAGAGUGGUGCCCCUAUAAUCGAAGUGGAUAAUGACAAGGAAGAUUACUAUAGACAUGAACGUGUACUUGCGACGUAUGAGCCAGAAUCUAAAAGCAUCACUAACAUCGGAGUUUAUGGAUUACAUCGUAACUUUUAUGUACAUUCUUACAUGGAAACACUACUUUUGCAUGGUCAUUAACCACAUUGCAAAGUGUGCAUUUGAAUAGAGGAGUUCUGUAUGGUGCAAGCAAAGUUCUAGAGAUUCGAGUACAAGUUUCAUGCUGAUUAAAAGUUAAGAUAAUUUCAAACUCCUUACAAAUAGCUCUAUGCUUUUGUUAACUAUGAGAUCCAUGUUUAGCAUUUGUUAUGUUGAGUCCUACUCUAAUGUAAAGAUUAUGCACUAUUACCUUGUUGACCAUUAAUCGUUAUGUUUAGUAUC